AUGAUUGAACGAAAGACGCGAAAUGAUCCAGACUUAAGGCGUGGAAAGUAUUUCGUAUACAUGAACAAGACGUUCUCAUCUAUGGACUACAAGGCUGGACCUACUCUCUCCUUACUUGGAAGCAUGUUGACAGAAAAAUUUGCUGACACGAAGGACCAAUUUGACCCUAGGUCUAAGACAACAGAACAACAGAACUGGAUUUUGGAACUAACAGGGUAA